CUUCAUAAUGGCUUCCCGCUUGGACCGACUCCACCAGCUCAAGUAUAUGAGCCUGCUGGAACCUGCCCCGGCUCUUCUCCCCAUAUAUCACGAUUCAUGACUCCAUAAACGCUGUAUUCUCUUUUCCUCCAAGCCCCCUUUUCUUCUACAAUAGCUCCUUUCCAAGACCUACCACCCAUCAUGCCCUCCACAAGUGACCUCGCCGACCCCAAAGAAUACCAGAAGAUCUUCCACUGGGCAGAGACACAAAAGGAUGGCGCCAUUCCCUCCUUCGCUACCAGACGAAAUGAUCCUUAUGAAUACCAAGCCGGAUUCGGCAACUCGUUCGCCUCCGAGGCUGUGCCUGGCACCCUUCCACAGGGCCAAAACAGUCCUCGUAAUGUCCGCUUUGGCCUGUACGCCGAGCAGAUGACGGCCACGGCCUUCAUUGCCCCGAGACAUUGCAACAAGAAGGCAUGGCUGUACCGUGCCCGUCCGGCUGUUGCCCACCAGGGAUUCACCGACCUUCCCGAUAACAAGGACACAGAAUCCAACUUUCUCCCUCUGAACCCCCGCGUUCAUGUCUCCCCUACCCAGCUUGCCUGGCACCCUUUUGACAUUCCGACCAAUGGCGAAGUAGACUUCGUCUCUGGUCUGAAGACUGUGGCUGGCUCGGGCGAGCCAACCCUCCGGGAAGGCCUGGCCACCCACGUCUACACUGCUAACACCAGCAUGACCAAGAAGGCUUUUGUCAACUCGGAUGGUGAGAUGGCCAUCGUCCCUCAACAGGGUGCACUGGACAUUCAGACCGAGUUUGGCCCCUUGUUCGUCCAGCCCGGAGAGAUUGUCAUUAUCCAACGCGGCAUCCGAUUCCGCGUAGAGCUUCCUGAUGGGCCUUCUCGUGGUUACAUUCUUGAAAUCUGGGGUAGUCAAUUCGAACUCCCUGAGCUGGGACCGUUGGGUGCCAAUGGACUCGCCAAUGCACGGGACUUCCUCUACCCUACAGCCAAGUAUGAGAUCUCCAAGGAGCCUUGGGAAAUCGUGUACAAGCUGGGCGGAAAGUUCUUCAAGAGUACGCAAAAUCACAGUCCGUUUGACGUGGUUGCCUGGCACGGUAAUUAUGUGCCUUACAAGUACGACAUGACCAAGUUCGUCAACGUCGGCUCCAUCUCUGUUGAUCAUAUGGACCCCUCCAUCUUCUGUGUCCUUACAGCCAAGUCUCGGGAUCCCACUGCUCCCUUGGCCGAUCUACUCAUCUUCUCACCUCGCUGGGACGUUGCAUCCCACACCUACCGACCUCCAUACUACCACCGCAACGCCGCCUCCGAACUGAUGGGUCUCAUCUACGGCGACUACGGCGGUCGUUCCGACGCCUUCCAGCCCGGAAGUGUCUCCUUCGAAUGUGGCAUGGUCCCCCACGGCGUAGCCUACGAGGAAUUCAAAGCUGCCACGGAAGUCGACCCGCCAGCCAUGCGGAUCUCCGAGGCCUCAAUGGCAUUCAUGUUCGAGUCGAGUCGCCCAUUCACCAUCACCGACUACGCGUGGACAAGCAACAAGCGCCACGAGCACGAGCCUAAGAUGUGGGAUAACCUCGUUGACAACUUCUCCAAGCACGAGAAGGAAGUCGAGGAGUUAUUGGCCAAGAAGGCUCAGGGGAUGAAGAUCUAAAUUUUGUAUAGCACAUGUAAUGCUAUGUUUUGAUUUUGUUUUUCUCCCUUGAGCUUAGCCAUUGCUUUUCUGUGUGCGUGUCCUUGUUUAUGCCUGUGAUCUUUG